AUGCUUUGUUCUUCAAAUGAAUUGAGGAAUCAUUUACAAAUUGAAACGAAAGAAAAGAUUAUUUAUUUUCAUUUCUUUCAAUUUCCUAUUCUAACAAUCUAUCUAUCUAUAUAUCUAUCUAUCUAUUUCUGUUCAUAUCACAUUAGUAAAUCUAUCUAUCUAUCUAAUUUGAGUCUUCUGUUUCAUUAUCUAUCUAUCUAUCUAUCUAUCUAUUUAUCUAUCUAUCUAUCUAUCUAUCUUUUGAGUAUUUAUUUAUUUAUCUAUCUAUCUAUCUAUCUAUUUAUCGACGUCUAUUUUUAUUAUCUAUCUAUCUCAGUCUGUUCAUCUCUCUCUCUCUCUCUCUAUCAUUAUUCAUAUGAUUUAAUUCAUCGGAAUAUCUAUCUAAAUAUCUAUCUAUCUCAGUCUGUUCAUAAGUCUCUCUCAAGAAAAUUCUCAGUCUGCACAUAUCUAUCAUCUAUCUAUCGAUACAUUAAAAAUUCAUGGUAUUUAAAUAUCAAUAUCUAUCUAUCUAUCUAUCUAUCUAUUAUCUGUUCAUAUCUCUCAGGAAGGCUGUUCAUAUCUAUCUAUCUAUCUAUCUAUCUUAAUCAGAUAAUCGAACAAAAACAUAUCUGCUAA